ACGACACGUUAUGGGUAGAUUUUCCACAUUUUCAGUUUAGCUGCAGUUUUCUAAAAGAAAAGUUGAAUUUGGUAUUACAGAAAGUGAAAAAUAAUAUUCCAAACGAAAAAAAUUAAAGGAAAUUUUUCAAAUCCAUUAAGAAAUCUUUAGCUAAACGUUGUAAAAACUGAACAGAAAUGUCUUUGGUGGAGAAAACCGGCUUUUUCCCCGACUAUUAUGUUAACCUGAAAAAUUCGCAUUUAGAUAUUUUCGAUGUAGAGGUGGCCAAAAUUGCAGCAUGUCGCAACGAUUACGAGCGGCUGACAUUCGUUGAGCAAUUUCCCGGUGUACGCGAAAGCGAUGGACAGUUGCAAGUGAAAAGGGUGUAUGUGGGGAAAGAUGCCGACACGGCAGCACAAUUGAAGGAGAAAGGCAAUCAGGCGUUCAAGGCUAAAAAUUGGUUUGAGGCCAUGGUCUUCUAUACAAGAAGCUAUUUGGCAUUGCCGGCGGACAAGGCAAGCGAACGCGCAAUCAUCUUAGCCAAUCGCUCUGCCACACUCUUCCACAUGGAGAAGUACGAUGAGACGCUGAUCGAUGUGAAGCGCGCCAUAGAUUUGGGCUAUCCCAAGGAUCUAAUAUACAAGCUGUAUGAGCGUCAGGCGCGUUGCUAUAUGGUGAAGAAGAAUUAUCCCAAUACCAUAGCAAGUUUCAAGAAAUGCAUCACUGCGCUGGAUGAUGCGAAAGUGCCGGCGGACAGGCGCAGUAAGUUGAGUUUGGAUGCCAUGACUAUGAUCAAAAUGCUGGAAAGGGAUCCGCAAACUGUUAGACAAGCGGAAAGGCAAAAGAAAUUGGGUGAGCCAAAACUGACAAUGGCCAUACCCGAGGAGAAGGAGUUUGUCAGUGAUGCAGUGCGCAUAGAUCAGAGUUGUUCGGAGGGUAGAUUUGCGCGCGCUGCCACCGAUAUUAUGGUGGGCGAGGAAAUUUUGGUGGAGAAGCCAUUUGUCGCAGUGCUGUUGGAGAAGUACUCUAAGUCACAUUGCGAUAAUUGUUUUAUUAGAACCGCCAUACCAGUUGCCUGUCCAAAGUGUGCUGAUGUCCUGUACUGUUCCGAGGAGUGCCUAACCAAAGCCAGCACCACCUAUCACAAAUAUGAAUGCGGACUUUUGCCCACAAUUUGGCGCUCUGGUGCAUCUGUAAAUUGCCAUAUGGCUUUGCGCGUUCUUGCUAAAAAAUCGUUGGACUAUUUCUUAAAUAUUAAGCAAGAUAUCGACAAGGAACUGCCCACCGAUGACUACAGACGAGUAUCCCAUUUGGAGCGUCAUGAAAAAACACGUCCACCAUCGAACUUUUUUCAACAUGCACUGAUGGCCCGCUUUCUAACAAAAUGUCUCGCAGAAGCUGGUUACUUUGGUGCAUCGCCCAAAGCUGAAGAUCUGGAGACUAUUGGCGGCAUACUUUUGCGCACUUUGCAAUUCGUACAAUUUAAUACGCACGAAGUGGCCGAAUUGCAUGCGAAGAAGGCAGAUAGCAAUGAGAAGACGGUAUUCAUUGGUGGUGGACUCUAUCCGACAUUGGCGCUCUUCAAUCACUCCUGCGAUCCGGGUGUAGUGAGAUACUUUCGCGGCACCACUAUACACGUGAACACCAUACGCCCCAUCGAAGCUGGUCUACAAAUUGCAGAGAAUUAUGGUCCCAUUUAUACGCAGGAGGGGCGCGAAAAGCGUCAAGCUGAACUUAAAAAACUCUACUGGUUCGAUUGUACAUGCGACCCGUGCUUGGAAAAUUGGCCCACCUUCGAUCAGCUGCCAACCGAUGUCAUACGCUUCCGCUGCGACGGCCCCAAACAGUGCAGGGCAAUUAUUGAAGUGCCGGCGACGUGCAACGAUUUCAUGAUCAAAUGCGUGACUUGCGGCGAGAGCACGAACAUCUUGAAGGGCCUCAAAGUGAUGCAGGAUACCGAAUUGAUGACACGCACUGCCAAGCGUCUCUAUGAUGCGGGCGAUUACGCGAAGGCGUUGAAUAAAUUCAUUGACCUACUACGCAUUAUGUACGAGGUGUUGGCUCCGCCCUUCCCCGAUUUUUGUCAAUGUCAACAGCACACAAAGGAUUGCUUCCUGCACUUGGGUAAUUUCUAUAAUUUGAAUUAAUUCAUGCGCACAAAAUAAAUACCUACAUAUGUAUAUGUGUAUGUAUAGUUAUGUAGCUAAUUGUUUGUCAUUGGUCAUGAAAUUCGAAAUGGUUUCGCAGCAAUUAGUAAUUGCGUUAUGGAUUAGUUGAAAUUCAAUAUCUACACACUUAUUAAAAUGUUUUUCCCCAGCUAAUUAAUAGUCGCAUUUAUUUCGAAAUUUAUUUACAAACAGGCAAGAAAAACAUUAGGCAUUAAAAAACUGCGCAAUAUCGUUUAUAAUAUUUGUAAAAUAUACACAUUUAAAAUACUUAAUAAAAUGUAGAAAAGCGCAACAUUGUCGAUUCGUAAGUAUGCUUUUAUAAGUAGGUUCCACGUGUUUCCAAUUCACCACAUUCUGCAGUCACUUCUACACAUAAAUAUGUAAAUAAGUAUGUAUAUUAGAGUGGUCCAAAACAAGUAAAGUCGGAAUUUUAAUGCUCUCUAUAUGGAAAAAAUAUACCCCUACUUUUUUAUUUUGAAAUCAAAAAAUGUUUAGAGGUCGCUCAAAACGCUCAAAGCUAUCCAUGUAUUUUA